GAAUGUGCGGGUGACGGUGAAUGAGUGAUGACCACUCACCUUGUUUAUUAUUACCUAUUACCUAUUACCUAUACUAUAUGCCGAAAGUUUUUAGUUCUUCUCUUCACCGACGAAUUGAUUUCCUCUUCACCUACACUUGCACAGAGAAUAUGAGCUCUCUUCUUCAAAGUUUUCAGAGCAAAGAAGCUCUGCCCAUGUCGCAACCUACAGAAGAAGAAAGAGGAGAAGGACUUGGCGUACGCAAAAGGCUGUCUUCUCUCUCUCUAAGGAUGAACAUGCGCAUGAUGAGGUCUACUUGUCAACAACAACCCAUCCUCUCAUUCUACUCCUCCACCACCUCCUCCUCAUGGGCAUUUCGCCGAUCCAAAUCCUUGUCCUCUAUGGGAGAAUACACGGGCAAUUCCAUUAGGAAAUGGUGGGAUUGGGGAUUGGGCUGGAUCAUGUCCAAGAAGCCCGCCUUUGCCAACGAUCUGGAAAUGAAUGAAGAAGAGAAAGCCGUAUUGGGAUGCAACAGCAAGGGCAGCUGGAGGCACGUAUUUUACAAAGUAAGGUCGGAGCUACGGAGGUUCAUCGGAUCCGGCAACAAUGUGGGUCUACCUCAAACCUUCCGGUACAACUACUCCAACAACUUCGAUGACAACUUAAUCAGGAACAACUGAUGGAUUACUCACUCUACUACAGUAUGUGCUAAGCUAGCUCCUUUUGUGAUGUUGGUUAAUUCAUUGAUUGAUUCGAGUGGUUUUUAUUUUAUUUUUUAUAAAUAUUAAUAAUAAUAGAUCGGAGUCCACAUUAGUUCGCAGCGAGUACGUACGUAAAUGUAUAAAGUGAAUUAUUUUUAUCUUCAUAAGAUAAGUCCAUUACGUUGUAUUAUUUGUGUAAUUCUUUUCACCAUUCUCGAGUGUACUUUUCUCCAUUUGAUUUAUGCAUAAAUACUACUGCUAUAAAUUUUGUA